AUGCGAUGUGAAACGUGCAACAGUGAAUGUUUCUGUGAUCUCUAUACAUCGAUAGGAGCUGUUUCUUGCAAAGAACCAGGUUAUAUUGGAUGUUUCAGUGAUUAUAACCGUUUAGGACCCGGCAGAGAUCGCGUGCUUUCCAAUCGCCCCCGUGACUCUAUCGAUAUUCUCACGAUUGACCUGUGCAUCAACGCAUGCGCAGAGGACGGAUACUUCUACGCAGGUGUAGAAUGGGGGAACGUAUGUUUCUGCGGAGGACAAGAUGAAAACCUUGUCAAACAUGGAAUCGCUUCGGAUGGAGAAUGUUAUUAUGUUUGUGCUGGAGAUCACCUUGAAUCAUGUGGGAGUUUAGAUUUUAUCGCCAUCUACCAAGUUGGCCUCGGUGUUUGUGAAGACCCUGGUACCCCUAAUAAUGGAUUCAGAUACAAGGAAAUCGGCUCUCUGCGCUACGGCAGCAAGAUAUACUUUAACUGCUCUGACGGGUACACACUCGAAGGACCUGGCGUCAUCCAGUGCGUGCAGAUGUACGGUCGCAGAGAAGAUGUUAGUAUUGCUAACAGCACCCAUGCCGUUAUGUGGAACCAUGGUCUCCCAAAGUGUACAGGCAAGAUUCAGUUCGACUACGCCCUCUUCUGCGACUACCAAGGGCGGAGGGCUCACUAA